AUGAGCACGUUACUUGAUGUUAAUAAUGAUAAUGACUUGGUCAAAAUGUUAUUACUAAAAAGUAUAUUAUCUACCGAACGUGAAGCUGAAGAUUACUUUAAAAAUAUUUCUAAAGUAAACGAUGCCGAAUUAAUCGAUAAUUCAAACAUAUGCAUCAAGGAUCAAAUAAAUAUACUGCAAAAGAAAUGUCAGAAUAAAAAUGAUUUUAUGGAAUGCAAUAUUGAAAAUUGUAAUGACAUGUUACAAUUUAACGAACAAAUAAUCUCUUUAUUGUUGGAUUUAAAAAGACACAUAACCUCUGCUCUUCAAGAAUGUGAACGAAAAUUAACAAUAAUAGAAAGAAGUUUACAAAAAUAUAUGGUUGGAGACACAAAGGUUUUAAUUUGCAAUCCUGGUAUGCCUUAUUUUAAAGAUAAACAUUAUUUUUUUGCUUCUAAUAAUGAAGAUGAAAUAUUAAAGGAAAAUCAUAAAGAAUUACAACUCAGAAAUCUUCCAAAAUUUUCUCCAUGGACAGAGAAAGAAAGGAAUGUGCUUUUAAAAGCAAUAAGAAAAGAACCUAUUAUGGAUGGCAAAAUUGACAAAAGUAGAAAAGCAACAACACAGUUUUCAUCUACAGAUUUUUUAGAACUGAUCAAUCCAUUGCAAAAAAGAGAAUUUGAUUGGUUCAAAAUAUCAUCUACUUAUUUUGAAGAUAUUCAUUCUCCGCUUGAUUGUCAUGUCAUGUGGAAUGUUUUUCUUCAUGCUAAAAUCAAUAAAAAUUAUUGGACAAAAUCAGAAGAUGCCAAACUGAAAGAAAUUGUAAAAAAGUGUAAAUUUCAAAACUGGGAUAAAAUAGCCAAAGAUUUAAAUACAGGUCGAACUGCAUAUCAAUGUUUUAUCAGAUAUAAUACAACAAAGAAAUUACCUAAAAUUAAAAAUUGUACUUGGGAAAAUGAAGAAGAUAAAAGACUUUCAAAACUGAUAGAAAUAUUUAAAAUUGGUGACUUUAUUCCAUGGGGCGAGAUAGCUAAUUGGACAUUAAAUAGAACUAAACAACAAAUUUACUUUCGAUGGACCUAUAGCUUAGCGCCAUAUUUAAUAAAAGGUAGAUUUACUAAAAUGGAAGACAAAAUUUUAAAAAAUGCUAUUACGCUAUAUGGUACAAAUUUUCGUAAAAUAUCAGCUGCAAUGAUGCCUAAUAGAUCCACUGUGCAGCUUCAUGAUCGUUAUCAAACAUUAUCUACGAACCAAAUUGCAAACUGGAACUUAUGGACACUUGAGGAAGAUACAAAGUUACUCAAUUUUUUUGAACAUAUUGGUCCAAAUUGGUCUAUGAUAGCAAAAGAAUUUUCAUGCAAAACUAGAACUCAAUUAAGACACAGAUAUACAGCUCUACAAAAGUAUAUUAAAAGGGGUAUUUCCUUAUCUGAACUACAUAAACAUGAUUUUUACAAUGAAACUGAAAAAGAGGAAGGACAGAAGAACACAAAUGGAGAAUUUUAUAAACAUAAUAAUGAUAUGAUUAGUAAAGAUUAUGAUAUAGAUAAAAAAUUAAUUGAAUAUUUUCGUACAAAAUACAAGGUAGAAAAAUUUCUUCAUAACUGGAAACUUUAUAACAUGAAAACUUUGGAAUAUAAUGCAAUAAAGUUGUAUAACGUUUUAAAAACAUUAAAUGCCAAACUUUGUAUACCCAAUGACAUCAGUGAUAUAAAAUUAAAUGAUAGAAAUCAACAACUCUUGUAUUCAUUAAAGGAAUAUAUAAGACUGAAAAGUGAUAAGAAAAGAUAUCUUGAAAUUAUAGAUAAGUAUAAAUUACGCAUGUUUGGUACAAAUGAGAUUAAUAAAGAUUCUUAUUUUGUACCUCCACCUCCGUUUGAUUCACGAAUAAAAUUGAAAAAAUCAAAAAGAAGCCAAUGCAUUAAUUAUAAUUUAAAUACAAAAAAUAACUUUUUACUUGAAGAACCUAUAGAUUUUGAUACCCCAAAUUUUGUAAUUUCUUAUAUUGGUGGUAAUGAGCAGGAAUUACAGUUUCAAAAGCUUAGUCGUUUAUUUCAGAAUAAUGAUUUAAAAUGUGAGCAAUCUUUUAAUAUUCAAAAGUAUUCUACAUUUUCAAAAAAAAUGACAUUACAUAAACAGUUUUUUAAUAGUGAAAGUAAUAGGAAUAACUCAAGUGAUAUAAUGUUUAAAAAAAUGGCAUCUACUGACCAUUCUGAUGUUGAUGCCUCAUCUUUUGAAAACAUUAAUAACAAUCCUCAACAUGUGAAGCUUCAAAGCAAAUGUUAUAAGAAACUUGAAGUAACACAAAUAUACAAUAUACCUAUAAUGUAUGCCACUCGUGCAACUUUAUUAAGUUUUAAAAAUUUAAUGUAUUUGAAACGAUUGAAUGAAAAAGAUAAUAACUCUAGUAAAUCUUUUAUACAAUCACCUGAAUUUCAAAAAAUGUUUAAUUUAUUGGAGUCACGUAUAGAACAAUUAUUUAAAUAUCCAAUAGGUCUAUCAAAAACUGUAUUGCCAGAAGUUUAUGUAAUGGAUACAUUUUCAUAUAAUGAUAUCACAUCAAAAAGAAAAAUUUCUGAAACAUUGGAUUGA